CGCCCUGGAGCUGCUCGUCAUCCGCAACUACGGCCCUGCCGUCUGGGAGGACAUCAAGAAGGAGGCACAGCUGGAUGAAGAAGGACAGUUUCUGGUCAGAAUCAUUUAUGAUGAUUCCAAGACCUAUGAUCUGGUUGCAGCUGCAAGCAAGGUCCUUAAUCUGAAUGCUGGGGAAAUUCUUCAAAUGUUUGGGAAGAUGUUUUUUGUGUUUUGUCAAGAAUCUGGUUAUGAUACAAUUCUACGUGUCUUGGGCUCGAAUGUCAGAGAGUUUUUGCAGAACCUGGAUGCUUUGCAUGACCACCUUGCUACUAUUUACCCAGGCAUGCGAGCCCCUUCCUUCAGAUGUACUGAUGCAGAGAAGGGGAAGGGACUCAUUCUGCAUUACUAUUCGGAAAGAGAAGGUCUCCAGGAUAUUGUCAUUGGCAUCAUCAAAACAGUAGCUCAACAGAUCCAUGGUACAGAAAUAGAUAUGAAGGUUAUUCAACAGAGAAAUGAGGAAUGUGACCACAUUCAAUUUUUAAUUGAAGAGAAGGAGUCUAAAGAAGAGGACUACUAUGAAGACCUUGACAGAUUUGAAGAAAAUGGUACCCAAGAGUCUCGCAUCAGUCCCUAUACUUUCUGCAAGGCCUUCCCUUUCCACAUAAUAUUUGACAGAGAUCUGGUGGUCACGCAGUGUGGCAAUGCUAUAUACAGAGUCCUUCCACAGCUGCAGCCAGGAAAUUGCAGUCUGUUGUCAGUUUUCUCCUUGGUCCGGCCUCAUAUUGAUAUUAGUUUCCAUGGGAUCCUCUCACAUAUCAAUACAGUCUUUGUACUGAGGACCAAGGAGGGGCUGUUGGAUGUGGAAAAGCUGGAGUGUGAAGAUGAACUGACUGGCACAGAAAUCAGCUGCUUACGCCUGAAAGGGCAAAUGAUCUACUUGCCUGAAGCAGACAGCAUUCUCUUUCUUUGUUCACCAAGUGUGAUGAACUUGGAUGAUUUAACCAGGCGAGGUUUAUAUCUGAGUGAUAUUCCAUUGCAUGAUGCUACCCGUGAUCUGGUACUUUUGGGAGAGCAGUUCAGAGAGGAAUAUAAACUGACUCAAGAGCUUGAGAUCCUCACUGACAGACUGCAGCACACACUGCGUGCACUGGAAGAUGAAAAGAAAAAGACAGACACAUUACUGUACUCUGUUCUGCCACCAUCAGUGGCAAAUGAGCUGAGACACAAGCGUCCUGUUCCAGCUAAGCGGUAUGACAAUGUGACUAUUCUGUUCAGUGGCAUUGUUGGAUUCAAUGCCUUCUGUAGUAAACAUGCCUCUGGAGAGGGAGCCAUGAAGAUUGUGAACCUUUUAAAUGAUCUUUACACGAGAUUUGAUAUUCUGACUGAUUCACGACGGAAUCCAUUUGUUUAUAAGGUGGAAACAGUUGGGGACAAGUAUAUGACAGUGAGUGGUCUACCUGAGCCUUGCAUUCAUCAUGCUCGAUCUAUCUGCCACCUUGCAUUGGAUAUGAUGGAAAUAGCAGGCCAAGUUCAAGUAGAUGGUGAGCCUGUACAGAUAACAAUAGGAAUCCAUACUGGUGAGGUAGUCACAGGUGUCAUAGGCCAAAGGAUGCCACGUUACUGUCUCUUUGGAAAUACUGUGAAUCUAACAAGCAGAACAGAAACUACUGGAGAAAAGGGAAAGAUCAAUGUCUCUGAAUAUACUUACAGGUGUCUCAUGGCACCAGAAAAUUCAGAUCCUCAGUUCCACCUGGAGUACAGGGGUCCAGUUUCUAUGAAGGGUAAAAAAGAACCAAUGCAGGUUUGGUUUUUGUCCAGAAAGAGUACAGAGACAGAGGAAACAAAUCAAGAUGCUCUCUAAGCUGAGAGAAGAGGAAGAGGACGCUGGAUAGGGUACAAUACUGUCUCCAAAUAGGGUACCAGGCAGUAAGGUUGUUAUGGAUGUUAUUUCACAUCAUAUCUCCCAUUGCCACAUGCAGUACCAUUGUCUUUUGCCCUGCUCCUGAAAUCAUACUCACCAUUUUUCUCCAGGCUCGCUUGCUAUGUUUUGUUUUUUUCCUUGAUGUUUGGUAUUGUUAUAUCUCUGCUAUGAGCAUGUAUUUCAAGCUUUCCUUUUUUUGAUACACAUUUUUGCACGUCAGUCAUGUGGCCCUUCCUACUGCCAAAUAAUAUUGAAUACAAUUUUGUAGUAUGCACGCUACAACUAACCACUUCAGUGUGAUGCUUCACAUCUUCAUCUUCAUCUCUGAAGUAUUGUGGUUAUGUCAAUCAGUGACAUUUCUGGAAGGAUAGGUAUUUCAUUUGUUGGGCAGAACAAUGAACCUGAAGAACUAUUUUAAAGAAUAAUACCUAAAGCAGCAUUAUGAAAAUUAUUGUAUGAAUGUUGUUUAUCAGAUUUAGUUCUAUUAUUACCAUGCUUACCACUCAUGUUGUGAAUAACACUUGAUGCACUGUAAAUUCC